AUGAGUCCUUAUUAUCUUGCGGAGAGACCCAAGAUUAAACCUGAGUAUCAAAUUGUGAAACACUGUGGGGCAGAUUACCCAGAGGAUAUGACCACCGGAAUCUUGAAACUCUUCAGUGCCUUAGAAGACGGUGCCCAGUAUAGCACCGGCGGACAACUCUCGGGUUGCACUACUCUGUUUGUCAUCAGUCGCAAGGGGAUCUAUGCAGCGCACUUUUUUGAAAAUGUCUCCUUCGACGCUGACUCGGAGUGGCUGGAGUCAUCGAAGACGGGAACGAACGAGGAGAUAUUCCAAAUAACCGUCAUCGAUAUAUUAACGAACGGAGGAAAUUAUCAACCCAAGCUAGAUGCGAGCCUCAUCGAAGAUGAUUAUGUCAAGGCCUAUCUUUUACGCCCAGCAGAGGCCUAG